AUAUGUGCUUCCUGCACUACGUACUCCAUUCGGGUUUUGAAAUGAGUUUCAAUUUCCGCCUCCUGCAAAACGCAAUUUAUAGAAAUGCAGUGUCCAUGACUAUUCGAAACUAUCCACAUGCAACAUUUUACUCUACAGGAUGAUACUCCCGGCAACAAUUUUCAUUGUUGCCGUCAUGAUUGAUGUGUCCUCGAUUGCUGUAAACAACGACUGUGUGGACGGAAGUCACUGCAAAGACGAUGCGUGCGGGGACCUUGGGUGUUUAAAUGGUUGCCAGGACGGCUUCUUUGGACCGCACUGUACAAACAACUGCAGCUCUGGAUGCAAGGACGGGAAAUGUGAUUCAUCUGGAAAGUCCUGCAUUGGCGACUGCAUAGAUGGUCAAUGGGGCUCGGUUUGCAAGCUGGGGUGUUUUAGUUCAUGCAAGACCUGCGCGAAGGACAAUGGAUCGGAGUGUACAUCAUGUGAAGAAUAUAGAUACGGCCCACAUUGUGAACAAUCCUGCUCUUCAAAGUGUCACAAACUUGGUUGUCAUGUUAACGGAAACUGUAAAAACAGAUGUGGCGACAGAUGUAGAAUAUGCGAUGAUAAAACACAAGAGUGUGAUGGAUGCAGGCGAGGUACGUUUGGGCCUCUCUGCCAGUGGAGAUGUAAUACUAACUGUGCUGAUGAGAUAUGUCAUCAAGUAUCUGCACAAUGUGUGGCGGGAUGCAGAGAUGAGUACUUUGGGCCGAGGUGUGAAUACCGCUGCAAUGAGCAGUGUGACCAGGGUAAAUGUGAGCAGGGCACGGGUAUGUGUUUACAAGGGUGUAGAAGGGGAUACUAUGGGCCCGACUGCAUAUUGCCGUGUGACUCAUGUCUGUCCGACAGUUGCGACAAUACGUCCGGAGAAUGCUUAGAAGGUUGCAAGAUGGGCUUCUUCGGCAAGGGAUGCAAGAACAGAUGUAAUGAUCACUGUAUCAGCGGAUACUGUUCCAGAUUCGACGGUGUUUGCUAUGAACCCGAAGUUCCUACAGCUAUCAACGCCACAAUCGGAAUGUCCCAUGAUAACAACAACUGGAUAUACAUUAUCGGGGGAUGUGCGGGCGUUCUUCUAUGUUCAGUGGCGUGUUUCCUGGCCGUUAGAUAUCGUCGCAUUUGUUGUAACCAACCAAGGGGUGGACUCCAGCAAAGAAUGCCUCUACCGCCCAUACCCAUCCCGCAUGAUGACCUGUAUGACGAGUUAGAUGUUGGACACGCGGAUAGCUGUAGCAGGCCGACGAGAUUGACCGCUUCGGAUAAUGCGGAACGAAAUGUUGAUUUACAAGUAGAUAUGUCCAAUACGAGUGAAGAUAAAAACAAGCAGGAAUCAUUUAGGCUCAAUGAGUUUGGAAAUGAAUGCCCAGUGUUUCCUGAUCGAGAAGUGGGGAGUUGGAUGUCUCAUGUACAGAUGGCGUGGUUGAUGCAGACAGAACACACUGCUGGAGACAAUUACGCCAUGCGUAUUGAGCGAGUUACAUCGACAGACCUUGAUGGAGGACUUCACGAUAACUCGACUAUCACGUACCCAGGUGGUAUGUUCAGGCCCUCGAGAAAUUAUCUGUCUCCUGUCAAGGAAGAUAUUAAAACGUAACUACCCUCAUGUAGUUUCACCUGAAACCUGAGGAGCGUCAAAGGUUUCAUAUCGAUAUGAAACUCUAAGAUCUGAAAACUGUAGCCGACGACCGUAUGUGUCACACUUUUGUGAAUUGCAUGUCUGUUUCCUGCUGCAUAACAUUGCUUCAUCUGUGUUAGUAGCGAAUUAAAGUGAUAUCUCGUAAAAAGAGUGUUUUACUUGUGAAAUAAGUUGUGACUCAAAUUAUCGUUAUCCCAAUAAGAAUUCGGUCCAUGAAAACAUACUCCCUGAACAAGUCACAUCUUCAUCCAAUAUAUACUUGUUCUGACCCACGUUUCUAAAGUCCGAC